UAGAAGGAAAUUAUAAUUGCUGUAGUGUAUGCAGCAAGGCAGGAGCCCAGGAACCCAGAAAGCAAACUCCCUGGAUGUUGCAUGUUCCUGCCGCCAGCAAGGAAAUGAAAACGCCCCCAUGUGUGAGCCAAAAAGCCAACGACCUGGGCAGGGCAGGCACAAACUGCAGAGCGGGGAAAAAAAUAAACACACCGGAGUCGGAGGAGUCCUGCCGCAGAGCAACUAUAAAAAGGACACCCUGCAACCGUGUGUACCGGAGUCUCUAUUGGUGUCAGCCAGCAGCUUACAAAGUCAGACGCAUGUGUGGUGUGUGCUGUACGAAGGACGCUCCCAGCUUUUAAGUAUAAUUUUCCAAAUACACAGGCCGAGCACUGGAGUCCAGGUGGCAACUGCUAGACAAAAACGAUGUGCACGCCCCCACAAAAAACACACACACAGUCAAAAGCGUACAGGAGCACAAGGAGCAGAAGGAACAGCCAGCUAAACGACCAGACUUUGAUUCACUCCGUUGGCAGACCUUUAAAAAGCAAUUAAGGACAAUACGAUUUGGCCCUCAAAGGCUACAAGCUGUCAACGAGUUGAGAAUGAUGGUGGGUAAGUGCUCCCCUUAUUGUGUGGCCAAUAAAAUACUUUAUGGGCCUCUGUGAUUUGUAAACAAUAUAAAUGAAAUAUAUUAGAGCUAGCAACAAAGA